CAACUCUUCAAACCUAUGUUACAUCUGUUAACAGUCACUUGUUUAAUUUCUUCACAAAGGUUCCUUGAUGCCAGGAUGUUUGCCACAUGCUCAGACGACUGCUCUGUCUCAUUGUGGGACCUGCGCAACCUCAGGCAGAGUAUCUGCCAACUCAAGGGGCACACCAACUGGGUGAAAAACAUUGAGUACUCUCGGAAAAGUGGUCUCUUGUUGACAUCUGGAUUUGAUGGAAGGGUUCUUACAUGGGAUAUUAACAAGUACAUGGAAGAUGGGUGCUCCCAUGAAAGGGUUUUCCACACACAUGGGCUCAUGAGGACGAGACUCACCCCCGACGGCUCCAAAAUGGUCAUGUCCACGGCCAUGGGAUACCUCAUCGUCAUACACGACCUGGACCUGUCCACCAUGUCCGAGGACCUCAAGUUCUUCAAUGCCGCCAACUACAUGCGUUGGUACCACAUAGAGCAGAUGAACCCUGAACAGGACACAGACAGCCUCUAUUUCAGACUGCCCAAGAACAGGGUAGAAAUCGUCACGGACUUUGUUCCGACAGAGAACUAUUGGUACAUCACGUCUCUGCAGGUCCACCCCCAGGGGUGGUGCUCGCUGUCCAGGUACACCAGUCCUGAUGAUGACUCAGAGUGGACUUGUGUACACGACCUCCAGGACUAUCCCAAACCGAAACCUUUCAAGCACGGACAGAAAAUGCCACCUCACCAGACGCGGCCCCGCCUGACGCACUUUAUCGAAGAAGCCAAUGUUGGCAGAGGUUUCAUCAAAGAAUUGUGUUUUAGCGACGACGGGCGGUUGGUCUGUUCGCCAUUCGGGUUUGGUGUACGGCUUUUGGCCUUUGACCCCAAGUGUAGUGAACUCUGUGACUGCCAUCCCGAUACUCCCGUGCAGUUGUAUGAAGUGAAAACGGAGAUGACACAUGCGGACACUGUCCUGACAACAAAGUUCUCCCCAAUUCACUGUAUGCUUGUGUCUGGCUGCCUGAGUGGGAAAAUAUUUUUCUAUCAGCCUGCCCUAUGAUGGAAUAAUGAACAAAGAUGCAGCUGGUUUCAGAUCUACCUUUAAUCGUAGCAACGUUAUUUUGUGGAGAAAUAUUAGUAUUAUGGGUGUAAUGAAAUUCCAUUUUGAGAAAAUUGCUCAUGUAGCAAAUGUGAUAAUUGUUUUAAUCUGUUUACAAAAAAAUGAAACUCAAGUGUCAGAGCCUGAAAUUUCAAUAAUAUUUUUUACAAUCUUUAAAUGUUUUUCAAAGUAAAAAAAAAAGUUGCUUACAAGUGUCCUAAAGAGGCACCAAGUGCUCUUUUUACUGGUAACUAGAUAAUGGAAAAUGUUAGAAAAUAUGCUGCUCUACAAUUAACUUAGAAUUUUCAGCAGGUGUUAUGAAUUGACAGGAAUUUUAUGGUAGUCAAUACAGGCUGUUUUGAAAUAAUUGGGUAAGGCAAAACAGUCAAUAUUUCACUUACAAACCAAACCAAACCAAAACAACUUAAAUUGUGUGAAUAUAGACUAAACAGUUUUUGUAAUGACCAUUACAAAAGUAAGGUGAUAAAACAAACAGCCACCUGAAAAUCAUUGGUCCACACAUAUAGACUGUUAUCCAGCGUGCAAUGCCAUUCAUAGGACAUCAGUUAGUGUUGUUUCUGUUCACACCAUUGGAGGAGUGAUGAUUAUUACUCAAGACUUACAUUGCCAAAUCUAAACAUACACCUUUCUCUCAUUAUUGUACAAAGACUUCUCUGCUGUUUUUAAUAAGUUGUUUAUCAUUUGACUUACUUCGUGAUGGAGUAGCAUUGAUAUUAGCAUCUGGGAAUUCACGAUUCACUUAAAAGUUUUGUAAAGGUUUUUGGAAAGCACUUCAAUGUGACAUUUACUGAUAUGGAGGUAGAUUGGCGUUUUUGUUGGUUUGAAAAUGAAAUUUGAGAAAUUAAAAAAAAUGUCAAAAUAAAGAGGUUACCGUUACAUCUUUCUGAUUGCUCGUACCCAGAACUUGCCAUUUUGUAAUUGACCUCUAGUAAUGUUAUCUUUCAGUCAUACAGAAGACUGAAGUUUAAUUUGUACAUAUAAUUGUUACUGCAAUUUACAAAGAAUUCAAUUAAAGUACGGUAAUGGCAAUUUCAAAUGUUGCACACUGUAA